GCGAGGCGGCUGAAGAUGGCUGCGGCUGAGGCGGCGGACACUCAGCUGUUGCUCGGAGUGGGGCUGAUCGGUACUGGGGAUCAAAUUCACAACCUCCUGCUUGCCAGGCAGGUGCUUGUGCUGCUGAGUGACCAUCUUUCCACCAUAGAAAAGGACACAAAUGGAGAAGUACUGUGGGUGUGGUGUUAUCCUUCCACGACAGCUGCGUUAAGGAAUCUGCUACUCAGAAAAUGCUGCCUUACAGAUGAAAACGAAGUUCUCCAUCCCUUUGUCUUUGGCCAGUACAGAAGAACAUGGUUUUAUAUCACAACAGUUGAAGUUCCAGAUUCUUCGGUUUUGAAAAAGGUGACUCAUUUUUCUAUUGUUCUGACCGCCAAAGAUUUUAACCCAGAGAAAUAUGCCGCCUUCACUAGGAUAUUGUGUAGAAUAUAUUUGAAGCACGGGACCCCGGUUAAAAUGAUGGAGAGUUACAUUGCAGUUCUUACAAAGGGGAUAUGUCAAAGUGAAGAAAAUGGCUCUUUCCUUAGCAAGGACUUUGAUGUUCGAAAAGCAUACCUUGCAGGCUCCAUCAAAGACAUUGUGUCUCAGUUUGGGAUGGAAACUGUUAUAUUGCACAUGGCACUGAUGCUGAAAAAACGAGUUGUCAUCUAUCACCCCAAAAUAGAAGCUGUCCAAGAGUUUACCAGGACGCUGCCUGCCCUGGUGUGGCACCGACAGGAUUGGAGCAUCCUGCAUUCUUACGUGCAUCUCAGUACUGACGAGCUGGAAGCCCUGCAGACAUGCACAGGCUAUGUCGCUGGAUUUGUAGAUCUGGAGGUGAGCAAUAGACCAGAUCUGUAUGAUGUGUUUGUGAAUCUGGCAGAGAGUGAGAUCACCAUCGCUCCACUUGCAAAAGAGUCCAUGACAAUGGGCAAACUGCACAAAGAAAUCGGCCAGCUGAUUGUCCAGUCAGCAGAAGAUCCCAAUAAGUCAGACAGCCAGGUUAUACAGGAUAUUGCCCUCAAAACAAAAGAAAUCUUCACCAACCUAGCACCAUUUUCAGAAGUCGUGGAUGAUGGAGGAAAGCGAGUCCUCAAUUUUGAGGCAUUAAAGCAAAAGCGAUUUCCACCAGCCACGGAAAACUUCCUGUACCAUCUAGCAGCAGCUGAGCAAAUGCUGAAAAUCUGACUGAGCCAGAAGGUCUGGCUGGUGACUGUUAAAAAGCUCUCCUUUCUUUCUAAUUAUCCAUUAACUAUGUAAAAUACUGGAAAUCACAGAGGAAAUGUUAUAUUUUUAAAUGAUUUAUUUGAAAGUAUUGAGAUUUGACCUGGAAAACACUGAAACACAUGAAAACACUUGUGAUUUUCUCCCAGCUGAUUAGUGUCUCGCCUGCUACCAGAGUCUGGCAGAGCACUGUCAGCGCUGUGUCUGGCGUCCUGAACCGGCCGGUGUCCUGAAGUAAGGGGAAAGGCUUAUGUCCAGUCCCAUGCAGACCACAGCACAUGUCUUCAUUUCAGCUUCCUGUUUGUCUCAUUGUGUAACCAUAAAUCAACAGUUUCUUUUCAGAAAGCUACCUGAAAUUUUGCUUUGUAUUCUUCUAGGAAGAACUUUAAUUCCUCAUGGGGAACUCUACUUUCUGAGCCAAACUGCUAAGUUUUCUGCAGAACUGUUUAAAAGAUCAUUCAGGAGACCCUGCAGUUGCACUUUCUUGUAAAAGAAAGUUUUUCUUAGCCAUUGAACAUUUUGCCUAUAUUAUGAGAGUUUUGCAUAGACUUUAUACUUGAGUAGAGAACUUUAAUAAUCUGUAUUUAUACUGCUACAGAAGUAAGCACUCGACAGACUUAAGCCACUAGUACUCUUCAUUUAGCCCUGUUGCUAGCACUAGUCUUUGGAAGAGAUGCUGUGUUUGUAUGGUAGAGUAAGCAAGAAGCUCCCUUUGAACGGUGAUGUCUGUAGGACUGAAGUAGUGACUUUCUGUAAUCGAUGAGGGAGAAUCAACUUCUUGCAGGGGCCAACACCAGGAAUAUCUUCAUACAACUCCAAUAACAAUGAUUUGGUCCACAUCAAGGCAACUCUUCUUGUUCAGUUGUGUACUUUUUUCAUAAUUGGAGACCUUAAAAUUGCCAAAUAAGCAUGGAUGCCUAAAUCGUGCACUGUUUUAUUAUGUAUAUUAAUUAUGAAAGGUUACUUUUCACUUAGUACUAUUGUCCUUUGGAAUUUUACCUGGAAAUAUGCUUGCAAAAAUUUGUCUUUAUUAAAUCAUUUUUUCUUGUUGUUAGGUGUUUCAGUAAAAAUAAAAAGUAGCUUUUCCUCUUCCUUCCUUCCUUGGGUUGGAGUGGGAAGGACCUGAAAUAAGAUGUUUACGGAGGCCAACGAUAGAAAAUUAAAUCUGCACUUUAUAAAAAACAAAAA